AUGAUAUUUGCAGUCCUGUUCACAAUUUUUUUUCUUAACGGUGUUUUAUCUCAACAAAGUGUAUUUGAUCCAUAUUCAUAUACACAAGCUAGUUGUACUGGUAGCUAUCAAUGGACAAUGUGGUUCGAUACAAACGAUCCAGAUAUGUCACAAGGUGAUGUUGAAAUUACGAAUCAUAUUCAACAACUUUUUCCUACAUUUAUGUGUACUACACCAACUGCUAUUGAAGCUCAAACUUCAUUCGAUGCAAAUCCAACAACAACUGGUGACAUAUUUCGUAUCUCUGUUAAAGAUGGUUUCUUAUGUUUAAAUCAACGAGUUACCGGUUACAAAACCAAAUUGUGUACUGAUUAUAAAGUUCGUUAUUGUUGUCUAAGCACAAGUCUUCAAAACUAA